CAUCGGUUGAAGAACGUCUGAAUUCGAGAAGUAGUAAUGCGGACACCGUUUAUCAUCUUGCUCUGUCUAGGAGCAGCGUUAGCGCUUGAUGACUCACUGACGCGGAGGAAGUUGAACCAGGAUGCGCAAGUGCGUUGGGCAGCCAAGAAACUGUACCACGAUGCCACAUUGAACACCAAACGUCACAAGAGAGGAAUGGUCACUGAGAACGGAGUGAAAGGAUUCGUGACCCGAGUUAUGGAACCCGAAUCGAACAUGGCCUCCAACAAGACUUACCAGGGUGAGGUGGUUAAGAGAAUGGGAACUGGUCAACGAGGAAACUGCGGUGCCAAUCAGUUUGAGUGUGACUCGGGGGAUUGUAUAGCUUAUCAAUGGCUGUGCAACACUAUCAAAAACUGUCCUGAUGGUUCUGACGAGUCAAUUUGUAGUUGUAACGUCGACGAGUUUGAAUGUGCAAAUGGAAGGUGCGUUUUGGGAAUUUACGUCUGCGAUCAGUUCAACAACUGCGGAGACUUCAGUGAUGAAGCGAACUGCUGGAUGUGUCCCCCUGGAGAGUACACGUGCAUGAACGGAGCCUGCAUUGACGACGACCUGGUUUGCGACGGGGACAACGACUGCCACGAUUGGUCCGACGAACUGUUCUGCGAAUCUUGUUCCUAUGGUCAAUACCAGUGUCCUGGAUCCAACGUCUGUAUUCCGGGUGAAUGGCUCUGCGACGGAGAUACUGAUUGUCCCACCGUUCAAAAUGUAGUAACAAACGAGGAAGCCAAGUGUCAUUGCGGAAUUGAUGACUUCGUAUGCGCCAACGACAGGUGUGAGGGUUACUCCGACAUUUGCGAUGGUAUUAAUCAAUGUGGAGAUGGUUCCGACGAGCUCUUCUGUUGGUGCGGAGAUGAUCAAUUCACUUGCCGAAAUGGUCGAUGCAUUCCUAGCUUCCUUCAGUGCAAUAAUAUGAACGAUUGCGGUGAUUUCUCCGAUGAGGUGCAUUGCUUCUGCGAUGCAGGUGAAGACUUUGUGUGCACCAACGGAAGGUGUGUUCAUGGAAUGACCAGAUGCGAUGGUGUGAAUGACUGCGGUGACUUUUCGGAUGAGGUUGAUUGCACUUGUAGCUAUGGGAAAUGGAUGUGCCAAGAUCUCUCGAUGUGUGUAGCCACUGGCGACAUCUGCGAUGGAGCUCCCGACUGUCCAGAUGGAUCCGACGAAUACCAUUGCUCAUGCACGAUCCACACCUUCAAGUGCGCUAAUGGAUUUUGCCUCAGCGAAUACACUCGCUGCAACGGGCAGAACGACUGCGGCGACAACUCGGAUGAGGCGCUGUGUUUCUGUAAGCCUCACGAGUUCCAGUGCACGACAGGUAAAUGUAUUGCAGACUACUUGCAGUGCAAUGGCUUCAACGACUGCGGAGAUCAUUCGGACGAGAGAGACUGUGGGUGUCCCGACAGUCUGUUUACAUGUGUGGGUGGAAACUGCGUGCCUCUGACAGCUGUCUGUAAUGGAAUGGAUGAUUGCGGAGAUUUGUCGGACGAGGCUGAAUGCAGAUGCGACCCGAAUGAGUUCCAAUGCGACAAUGGACAGUGUGUGCCUAAAUCAACUCAGUGCGAUGGUACGAACAACUGCGGUGACCGAUCAGAUGAGAAAGAGUGUGGAGGCGGAGGUACUGGAGGGGGAAGCAGGAUGUGCUCUCAGGGAGAGUGGACUUGCAACAGUGGGCAGUGCAUCCGGGCAGACAGGAAAUGCGAUCAGUUCCAGGACUGCGUCGACAACUCGGACGAGAAGUUCUGCACUGGCACUGGUGGCGGCACUGGUGGUGGAUCUGGCUCUUUAACCUGUAGGACUGGCGAGUUUGUCUGCGAGAAGAGCAGGAAGUGCAUCAUGAGUUCAAGGAAGUGUGAUGGAAUCCCGGAUUGCGACUAUGGAGAAGAUGAAAGCAACUGUAACGUGAGACCAGGACCGAUUACGACAGAUACUUGCAAGUCGGACGAAUUCGAAUGUUCACCUAACAUCUGCAUCCACAACUCAUGGGUCUGUGACGGCAGAGAAGACUGCAGAAAUGGCAAAGACGAGAUCUCCUGUCAAAAGUGCCGACCUGAAGAGUUCGAGUGCCGAAACGGCGAAUGCAUUGACUCUCGGUUCUUGUGCGACAUGCAACCCGACUGCUUCGAUGGAUCGGAUGAACUUCCUCAGACUUGCCGAAAGCAGCUGGCGUGUCCUCCCGGAAAGUUCCUAUGCGACGAGAGAAACUGCAUUCCAGAUGACAAGGUCUGCAACGGAUAUGUUGACUGUCGCGACCAGACUGAUGAACUGCAAUGCGAGAGCCACCAGCGAUGCAACUAUGAUCAGUUCCAGUGCGACGAUGGAAAGUGCGUGCCUGGAAGUUACAAAUGCGACGGACACGCCGACUGUUCUCGAAAAGAAGAUGAACGAUAUUGCAGUAACGGAGGAGGCAACACUGGACCUGCGGUACAGCCUCCUAACAUCAAUUCUGGCGCUUGCGACUUCCAAUGCUGGGACAAAAAGUGUCUCCCAUGGGCUGCGAGAUGCGACAGAAAGAGGGACUGCAGCAGAGGCGAAGACGAGAUGAAGUGUGAAACCCAACCUACCCAACCGAAGCCUCAGCCCAAACCCCAGCGCAUCACAGGAACCUUCACCGUCCACCACAACGGGGCAGGAAUGGGGGGCUCAGCCGGAAACUCACUCUCUGAUCUUAGCCAACCACAAGGAGGCUGUCCAUUGGGGGGCCAUAUGUGCAACUCAGGGGAAUGUCUGACUGCGGACAAGAGGUGCAAUUAUGUGUACGACUGCUGCGUUGCCAGCCGAGAUCCGGAUUGCAGAGACUGGUCGGACGAGGAUAACUGCAGCUCUGGAUGAUUCUUAAGGACUGCUUGAUUUUGCGCAGGCGCAUAAUUUAUAUU